AUGUCGGGUCGCGAGGGUGGUGAGAAGAAGCCUCUGAAACAGCCCAAGAAGCAAACCAAGGAAAUGAGAGAAGAUAUAGCUUUCAAACAAAAAUAACUGGAAGAGUUAAAAGCAAAAGCUGCUGGAAAGGUACCACUUGCCAGUGGUGGAAUUAAGAAAUCUGGCAAAAAAGUAGACGUUCCUGUGUAG